AUGCUGGGCUUGUCCCUGAACGGUGACUCAUAUAUGGCUGCAGAGGCAACACAUAACAGUCAACACGCAAGGAAAAGACACCGCGCACGUCACCACAAAUCUCGUCUAGGGUGUUUCUCCUGCAAGUCGCGACGGGUCAAAUGCGAUGAGGUUCGUCCUGUCUGUGGCUCCUGCUCUUCUCGCGGCGAGCCAUGCGUCUUCCCUGAUCCACCAGCGACGUCCCUCAAACCGACCAGCGCCUCUCGGGGGCGACGAGAUUCGCCACGCUCCCGGAGUGGGGGUAGUCCCCGUCCCCUUCGACCUUACCUAGAGUCAUGGGAGACGUAUACGUCGCGGCCGGCGGGAGUUUCCGCGCCAGCAAACGAUGACCUGGACAUGGAUAACCUCCGCGCGAUGCAGUUCUUCCAUCUGCAUACUGCCCAGGAGAUGUCUCUACACCCAAAGCGAAGCAUGGUCUGGCGGCGGGUGAUUCCCCGCCUCGCCGGAAAGCACCGUUAUCUCAUGCACCUACUCAUCGCCUUGGGGGGUGUCCACAUGAUCACUCAACGACUGAGGCAAAGGCCUGGUGAAGAUUGCGACUCGGAUACGGUAGAUUUGCGGCUCGUAAUGGAUCACUAUCAGAGAGGACUGCAGGACUUCAGAAAAGAGGUUGCCAAGAUAUCCAACUCAAAUGCGGAGGCUGUUUAUGCAGGCUCUCUACUCCUCGUCGCCUUCGUCUAUGCCUCCCUCCAGGUGCCCGAGCUGAAUCCGGCUUGGUCGUCUGCUGAUCCGGCUUCUGUUCCCUAUUCAUCGGCUCUAAACAUGCAGACUCUGCCCCCAAUUGACCGGCCCCAGGUGAGCUGGCUACACCUAAUCAGGGGAGCGUCGACAGUGAUCCAAGAUCAAUGGCCUGUCUUAAAGGCCAGCUGCAUGCGGCCGAUGGUACUACAUUUCCAUGGCGAUGAGUACUGGAAAGACCUUCCCUUUGAUUCAUCCUUGUCUAAACUCAGUCACUGCUCUCUUCUUGUGCAGUUAUUCGCCCAAGGGGCCCUUCAGGCGGUCGCGGAUUUGAGAGCUUUCCACGCCACUCUUCGGCUUACCGGUAGUAACGAGCUCUACUCAACGUCCGUCUCCCCUUCAGAUACAUCGGAGGUGGCAGUGGAUGGACCAUCAAGGGCCAUAGACGUCCUAGAAAGUAUCUAUUCGCGGGUUAUGUCUGUGCUCCAAUGUACGAUCAGCGAGCAGGGAUCUCCAGAUGAUUCCGAUAUUCAGUACAAUCUGGAAGAGGCCGCAGUGCUAGGUUGGCCAAUUUUGGUUCCCGAUGUCUUUAUCGGCUUACUGGAGAGCGAUGAACUAGUGGGUCAGGCCUGGGGACUUUCUUUGGCCAUCUUGGCUCAUUUUUAUGUCGUCAAUACACUGGUAGGCCGCUGGUUUUUGGGCGCUUUCAAGGAGGAGAUCCUGAGGAUCCAAAACUUCGUCUCUAGUUUACACGACGUUGAGUUGGACCGGCUUCUGAUAUUGCCGGUGAAGAUUGCUACCUCCUGA